UUAAAAGUAUGUGGUAACGCAUCAGCAUGGUACUUCAACCGCGACAGCGUAGCGUUGCCAGGUUUUCACGUGUUUUUCAAGGAAAGGGCCGACGAUCAGAUGAACAUUACCAGAAAGUUUAUGGAAUACCAGAACAAACGUGGUGGUCGUGUUAUAUUGAAGGACAUUCCCGCACCUCCAAAACAGGAGGGUUGGACACCCCUGGAGGGCAUGGAGGCGACUAUUCAGGUGGAAACGAGUCAGACUAAAGCCAUAUCGGAUUUGAUUGCACUGGCCGAUCGUGUAAACGAUCACGAUUUUAGUAGAUUUUUGUCCAAUUUUUUGAAUGAACAGGUUAUCGAUCUUAAGGAAUUGGCUGAUCACGUGACACAAUUGAAGCGAGUGGGCCCAGGAAUCGGCGAAUAUCUAUAUGAUAGAAAUUCAUUGAACGAAUCAUACUUUGAUAAAAUUGAUCGCAAUUCUUAUUAA